AUGUCCUAUAAAUAUUAAUAUUAAUGUAUACAUACAGAAGAACAUAACAUCAUAAUACCACAGAGAAAAGAAAAUGGAGGCUAAUAAGCUCUCCUUCCGAUUACUGGUACCUUUAUUCACAAUCAUCUUCAUCAUCAUUCUGAAAUCAACGGCGGCAGAUGAUCAUGAUCAGCUCGCUUUACCCGGCUGCCGGAGUAGAUGCGGAGACGUGGACAUCCCAUACCCGUUUGGUCUCUCUGAAGAUUGUUACCUCAACAGAAAGUUCAGAAUCAAAUGCGAAAAUAACACUACUCCGAUCAACGGCAAAAACGCCGUGGUCACCAACAUUUCCGUCAAAUUCAACGAGAUAACCAUCAACUUGCUCGCCGCCCGAAGCUGCUACAAUGAGUCGGGCGACCAAGUGGACUAUCACAUAUCCGGACUCAGAGCCAAGACCCUAACCAUCUCCGGCUCCAAGAACAACUUCAUCGUCCUGGGCUGCGACUCCUACGCCUUUCUCAACGGUUUCGAGAACGGAACCAAAUACUCUAUGGGCUGCAUGUCCACAUGCAACGCCCUCGGUGACGUGCCGGACGACGGUGGUUGCUCGGGAAUCGGGUGCUGUCAGAUAGAUUUGCCUAAGGGACGACUCAAAAGGCUGAUUAUAAGACCUAAAAGCUUCUUCAAUCAUACGCGCGUGAUGAGCUUUAACCCUUGUACGUAUGCUUUUAUCGUCCAAAAAAAUGGUUUCAACUUUUCUCGGGAGUUUCUGGGCAAUUUCCCGGCGAAAAAGCUACCUGUGGUGGCUGAUUGGACGAUCGAGAAGGACACGUCCUGUUCGACCACCAAAGCUAGAAACGAUUCGUUUUGUGCUUGUGGCGGAAACAGCACUGUGGUUGAGCUCUCCGCCGUAAAUGGGAGUGAGACUCAGUACAAAUGUAGGUGUAAGGAUGGUUACGAGGGCAACCCGUACCUCCCUACCGGUUGCAGAGAUAUUGAUGAAUGCCUGAGCCUAGGACCAACUAAUUGCACCAAAACUCAGCAUUGCGUUAAUAAACCAGAAGGAAGUUAUACUUGCGUGGAACGAAGUCAAUUCCCACUCAUUAAAAUUUGCAUUGGUGUAGCAAUCGGCUUUGUUGCCUUGUUCAUCAGCAGCUCUUGGCUCUACUUAGUUCUAAAGCAAAGAAAGCUAAUGCAACUCAAAGAAAAGUUUUUCAAACAAAAUGGUGGUUUGAUUUUAAAGCAAAAGCUCUCUGGACAAGAAGGUAACUCAUCAUCAACGGCUAAAAUCUUCACAGAAGAAGAGCUCAUCAAAGCAACGCUUAACUAUGACGAGAGCACGAUCAUUGACCGAGGUGGUUUCGGUACGGUCUACAAGGGUUUUUUACCGGACGAAAGAAUAAUAGCCAUAAAAAAGUCAAAGCUCAUUGACCAAAACCAAACCGAACAAUUCAUCAACGAGGUAGUUGUUCUCUCUCAAAUCAACCACAAAAAUAUUGUCAAACUCUUGGGAUGUUGUUUGGAGACCCAAGUUCCUUUACUUGUGUAUGAAUUUGUCCCAAAUGGGACUCUCUCCGAACACAUACAUGAUAGAGAAAAAUCCAUCAAGUUGAGUUGGGAAACUCGUUUGGGAAUAGCAGCCGAAGCAGCUGAAGCUUUGGCUUAUCUUCACUCGGCAGCCUCAACACCGAUCAUUCAUAGAGAUGUGAAGCCUUCGAACAUACUUCUAGACAAUUUCACUGCAAAAGUGUCUGAUUUCGGAGCGUCGAAGUUGGUUCCCCAAGAUCAAGUGGAGUUGGCCACCAUGGUGCAAGGCACUCUCGGAUACUUGGAUCCCGAAUACUUGCAGACAAACCAGCUGACUGAAAAGAGUGAUGUUUAUAGCUUUGGAGUUGUUCUUGUCGAGUUGUUAACGGCAAAGAAAGCAAUCUCUUUCGAUAGAUUGGAAGAGGAGAGGAGUUUGGCUAUGCAUUUCUUGUGUUCAUUGAAAAGGGAUAGAUUGUUUGAAAUAGUUGAGGUUGAGGGUGAUAGUGCAAAUAAUUAUAAAGAGCAAGUUUUGAAAGUGGCUAUGAUUGCUAAGGGGUGCUUGAGUGUUAAUGGUGAAGAUAGGCCUUCGAUGAAAGAAGUGGCAGUUGAAUUGGAAGGGUUAAGAAAAGUGGAAAAGCAUCCUUGGGCUAGUGAGGAUGAUCGAUCGAUUGAUCAUUUGGAAGAGACUGUAUCUUUGCUUGCUCGUGAAGACAAUGACAAUGGAGGUAGCAAUGCCAAUUCUGUUUAUGAUAGUAUAAGAGAUCAAGUGUUACUAGAUUUCAGUGGAAGGUGAAGGUACGUAGUAUCAAUAUAUAUAUAUUUAUGUACUAUAGGUGAGAGGAGUGUGUAGUGCAUAUUUCCUUUUUUAAAUAUUUUUUGUUAUAUGAAUAACUCUAUAGUGUUUGUAUAAUUUUUAAACAUUUAAACUAUUUCAUACAUCAUAAAUAAUAUAGGGUCUGGUGCACC